AUUUAUUUGACCUUGUUGUUUUGCUCGAAUUUGCAGUUUUGUUUAAAAAUUUAAAAUUAUUUAAAUAAAACAAAGUGUUUCCUUAACAAUAUCCUAACAAAUGAAUACUUCAAUUUAAUAAAAACUAUCAUACCAUUGCAUUGUGUCAAAGAUUCUACUUUAUGAAGAAAAAAAUAUUACAAUUAUAAAAAAUUUACAAUGUCCGACAAUAAUAACAACAAUAAGCAAACCUAUGAUAUAUACCGUGAUAGUAAUUUACGCUUUUUAGGUUACAGCAAUGAAGUGGGCGAAGCCUUUCGCCAACUUUGGCCCAAACAUAUUGUUAAUUUAACGUAUGGCAUUGCAGUGGCGUAUGUUCUGGCUGACACUGCCGACAAAGGCAUCAAGGCACACGAGAAGCAAGGUUCAACGAAUAAAGAUGUAGCAAUUAGGGCUGGAGAUGUUUUAACAUGGCAAAUGUUUGCCUCUGUUAUCAUUCCUGGAUAUACAAUUAAUAGAUUAACCAAAGGUACAAGUUAUUUAGUGAAACGUUUCAAAGUACCCAAUGCUAGAUACAUUCCUACUGCAAUUGGUCUUGCAUCGAUUCCAUUUAUAAUAUCUCCUAUCGAUAAGUUGGUGGACUAUUUGAUGGAUGAAAUUUAUCGCAAAUAUCUUAAAUAAAAAAAAAUAUAUAGAUUGCUCAUACGCCACAAAACUACUGCCAUAUGCAACAAAAAAUAAAAAAAGUAAUAUUGUGAUAAUUUCUGCAAAGAUAAAUAAUACAAUUAACAUUGCCCUCGAAUACCUGAAUUAAAAUAUAAAUUACUAAAUUUAAUUAAAAAUAUUAUUUAAAAAUAUUUCGCACAUAAAGUGCAUAUUUUCUAGGAAUAAAUUGGUUUUUAAAGCUUUGUUGGUUAAAUAAAAAAAA